CUCCCCUCGUUUUUUGGUAUCGCAUCGCUUCUGACGUGCGCAACAUCUUUGGGUGGUGGAGGUUCAUUUUUUUCCAGAAAGUAUUUCUUAAGAGAAUGGCAGCGCAGUGGAUACGAAACGCAGUUCCAAAAAUUGGCGGUGUUCGCCUUUAUAGCAGUAAAGUCCACAAAUGCACGCUGAUUCCUGGAGACGGUAUCGGGCCGGAGAUUUCUGUCGCCGUUCAAAAAAUUUUUGACGCCGCCAAGGUGCCGAUAGAAUGGGAAUCUGUCGAUGUAACACCAGUAAAAGGUCCAGAUGGCAGGUUCGGUAUCCCACAAGCUGCCAUUGACUCAGUUAACAGGAAUAAGAUUGGUUUGAAGGGUCCUUUAAUGACACCUAUUGGAAAAGGACACAGAUCUCUGAAUCUUGCAUUGAGAAAAGAAUUUAACUUAUAUGCCAAUGUUCGACCCUGUCGCUCCCUAGAAGGUUAUAAAACAUUGUAUGACAAUGUGGACGUUGUUACAAUAAGAGAAAACACAGAGGGAGAAUAUUCUGGUAUAGAACACGAGAUUGUUGAGGGAGUUGUACAGUCUAUUAAAUUGAUCACAGAAGAAGCCUCUAGUAGAGUAGCCGAAUUUGCUUUCCAAUAUGCUCAGGAUAACAAUAGGAAAAAAGUUACCGCUGUACAUAAAGCAAACAUUAUGAGAAUGUCUGACGGUUUGUUCUUGAGAUGCUGUCGCGACGCGGCCCAGAAAUAUCCCUCUAUUAAAUUUGAAGAAAGAUACCUGGACACAGUUUGUUUAAACAUGGUCCAAGAUCCCAGUCAAUACGAUGUGCUUGUAAUGCCUAACUUGUAUGGUGAUAUUCUGUCUGAUAUGUGUGCCGGUCUUGUAGGAGGACUUGGUCUCACACCAAGUGGAAAUAUUGGCUUGAAUGGUGCCUUGUUUGAAUCUGUGCACGGAACUGCUCCGGACAUUGCGGGCCAAGACAAAGCAAAUCCUACCGCGUUGUUGCUCUCUGCUGUAAUGAUGCUUAAACAUAUGGGAUUGAACAAACCUGCAGCAAUCAUUGAAAACGCCGCAUACGACACCAUUAAAGAAGGCAAAUCUCUAACGGGAGAUCUUGGAGGGACGGCAAAGUGCAGCGAGUACACUAAUGAAAUUUGCAAAAAGGUUUUAGCACAGACGAAGUAAAAUGAUCCGAGGUUUAUGGAAAUAAACUGCCAAAUACUCGUAGAAAUCAUACGCGUGAGAUAACAUGCUGUAUUCGAACGUCUCUGUAAUUAUUGUUUUCAAAUUAUCGUCAUUGUACAUGUCCGGGAUCACUCUGCAACUUGAUUGUCCAGGUUGCAGCGAUUUUACGAGUUGUAGAAAUAUGUUCUUAAUCAUAUGAUCACACAGAUUUAGAUAAUUUUUUUGCCGAGUACUUGUUUAAAUAGUUUACCGUGAAACGUAAUGUUACUUGACUUCGUGGAGUUUGCUAACAGUGUAAUAGCAUUUAAUAUUGUUUUAUUGUGAUCGUAAGCACGCAGUCUAACCGCGUGUACGGACUGAAUAUACCUCUGUGCAUGUUUGUCACGGAAGAUUCUAGUAGAAUCUGUAAAAAAAAAAAAGGAAACUGAAGAUUAGGCGUGUAAAUUGUUCUAGGAGCAGUGUAUGAUACUUUUAAAUGAUAUUGUUACGGAGCAAGCGUGACCCCGAAGAAGAGUUUCAAGAAUCAACCUUGCGCAGUAUUACACAUCAAUAAAAUAUUAUAAACCCAA